AUGUCACGUAACGGAUCAACAUGGUCAGGCACUUUGCCCACUCUGAGGAAGAUUUUUCGGAUCCCCAAACCCCUGCAUCCAUCGUUUGGCAGAUUCAAACGUUUUGUGAGACGGAGGGAGCGACGUCCCGCUCAAUCGCCUCCCCCCCUUGCCACGCCUGAGGGGAAUCUAAAUUUGAGUCGUCCCCCGUCGUCAGUCUUCUCAGGACGCGCGGUCACGAAUUAUGGGGGACCAAGCACGUCUCAAGCAAGUCCUUCGGCACAUUCCUUCCUACCGAAUUUACAACCUCUCGAUGCCCUUGGGCCUCAGCUUACGGACUAUUCCGAAGAGAGUGUUGUUCCCCAACCGAGUUGUCCCCGAAUGUAUUGCGUGUCGCUACCCUCUGCGUCGCCCUCCCCUGAACUACCUUCAAUCCCUUCCAUUUAUACUGGUGAAUCAGCUCAUGGAGAAUACUAUUAUGGAACGAUAUACAAUUCCCCCUUAGCGGCAAACGAUGAUGAACCAACUAAUGAACAAUAUCAAGACAUGACGCGUCAAUCCUCGGCUAGCUCAUAUCACACCCGACGUGAAAGCCUUUCACCACAACGAGAACAUCAACCAGAAAUGGUUCCAGAAACCCUUGUCUCAUCUAUCGCUCAAACAAUCAUCAGUGAUUACUUCAAACCAAGCAAACUUGUCAUAGAUCGAAAGAUAUCCCUGAUAGACAUGCAAUCCGUUCUCUAUGCGCUCCGGAACUGUCUUCAAGACCUCACUAUCGGUCCAAUUGGUGUCGGACAACUUACCUCGCCUUCCGCAACGGCAGCGAUCGAUCUACGUCAUCUAUCAUCUUUGAAAGUGAAUCAGGUUGACUUUUCCUGCCUGAAAGAACUCCUCGCUUCUGUGAGGAUGGACAGCCUCACAACCUUAGACCUCCUUGUCGGAUCGCUGGAAGUCGUGCCUCAUGAGCUGAAUCUUGGAUGGAGUCGACUCACGGACGUUAUCCUCCAUGAUAACUUUUACCCUGAAGUUCUCGAUGACGUGAUGGGUUCUCUCCGCGACGUCACCCGACUGAAAUGGUCGGGCGAGUUGGCUGUAGCAAAUCAUAAGAAGUACUCUUAUGAUCUCAAAUCUUUGCAAGACCUUUCAGUUUGCUCAAAUGAGGAUGGAUGCACUUUCUUCCUCAAAAAUAUUCGCUCAAUGAUCCCUCAAACACUCCAUCUUUCCCAUUUUUCACCUUUCAUCCGUGGUCGUGGAUCACAUGGCCUUUUGGGUGUCAGAAACCUCUCCAUCGAACAUAAGAUUGAUGCAGACCAGUUCUUGUCUGUGUUACACCACUUUCCUGCCCUUUCAACUGCGGAUUUCGGAAUCAGCGGUACCACGAUGACGGAAAAAUCUGGGUGGUUAGCAAUGCAACAACAAUUUGCUGGACUCGAGUCACUCACUUUGCGGAGUGUUUCCUCCCCAAUUCGGCCAUUGUUAAUGCCUAUAUCGCUCUCUAAGCUAAAGUCUCUUGUGAUAAUAUUUGACUUCAAGAGUGAAGUGAAGCACCAAUUCUGCUCCGGGCUUGCAGAUUGUUUGAAAAAAGAAGAAAAAUUAUCACUGGAGUCCAUUUGUCUCGUCGAUGCUCACAUAACACAAAGAGAGUUACGGUCGGUUUUGGAAAUUGCUAGUCCGACUCUGCUCGAUUAUCAAAUUCGACAGACUCGGACCCGUCUCGAGUCUUGA